AUGAUGCGCAGCCGUUCCAAAGAGGCAGACGCCACGGAGCUUGACAUGCAGGCAUCAUCCAUAUCCGUGCGUGUCGCCUGGGAGCAUUUAUACACGGACACGAUGCUGUGCGCUGCACUGACGUCUCCCUCUCAUGCAACGUGCCUAUGGCGGUGUACCCGCUUCGUGGGGGCGAGCGGCCCUCAGUCGCACGGCACAGACGGCCUCCGCGGCCCUCGCACAGCUGGAUUCUACGCGGACACGCCGGCACACACCCGGAGGGCAGCUGAUCCCGCCGGAAGGUCGCGUACGACGCCGCCACGACGAUACACACACGGCCCGUCGCCAGGACAGACACCAACUCAACCCCUGUCUACUGGGUCAAAACGCUUCGAAAGCCCGUUACACAGCGAAAUAUUGGUUACAAAACGCAGUAGAAGGCUCGCAACGGAGUGUGCGAACAGACGCUCCGGCUUGCAGCGACGCACAUAG